CAUGCGGUUUAUAAGAUCUGCAGAGAGAUGUACUCUGAAGGAGUGGAGGAACUGCCCUUCUCUGGAGAGGAGCCAGACCUCAUAGGAGACAGGUAAGUACUUUUUUAUUUUAGUUGUCAUCUAACAUUAUUUUGAAAACUAUGGAAGUGGAGACAAUUCACCCUAAUGUAAAUUGUUCUCCAGGUUAGUAGGAGGGUUUCUGAACCUGAGUCCAGACUAUGGGUUUGUCCUGGAGGACGAGGAGGGGAUAUGUGGUUACGCUCUGGGCACUGUGGACGUCAAGCCCUUUGUCAAGAAGUGUAAGAUGAGCUGGAUACCCUCCAUGCAGGAGAAAUACAACAAGCCCGACUGCCAGAAGGACCUCUCUGAAGCCGAGGUAGGAGACUGGGUUGACUUUGAGUCUCUUUCAAUUGACUGUUUUUAUUCUAGUGCUGUGAUACUUUUUUUUAUUUUCAUAAGUUGCGCAAUGAACAUGAUAUCUGGUUGUCUUACCUACUUCGGUCGAAUUCACAAUACCUCUUUCACACUACUGAACUGAGCCGAACCAAGCCGAGCUGUACUGGGCUGGCCUGGUUAUGCAUGCACCAUAGUUGCUGGAAAGUACAAUGUCAAAGGAAAAUAACCGAGACCGUACAGUUCAGGUGGGCAUGAUAGUGUGAAAGGGUUAUUAUUGUACGUUGCUCUGGAUGAGAGCGUCUGUUAAAUUACUAAAAUGUCAAACGAUCUCUCUCCCCCUCCUGUAGAAGAUGAUGUUGAGUUUCCAUGAGGAGGAGGAGGGCCUCCCAGAGUCGUUCCUCUCCAACUUCCCGUCCCUCAUCAAAGUGGACAUCCAUGCCAAGGUCACCGACCCCAGCGUGGCCAAGAGCAUGAUGGGGUGCCUGCUCUCCUCCCUCAAGGCCAAUGGUAGGUGGAGUCUACAGAACCUGUCUUAAUCAAUCAAGCACAUUUGCUGGGGGGGGAACUCAUCUAUUAAUCGUCCCUAACAAACAUCUAUGAUCCAUUAUCGAAAACUUCAGUCAUCCACAUCCCAUUUAUAAUGCAUAAGGAUGCUUGUCAUGAAAUUGUAUGAUCCACUUAUGUUGUAUCAUCAUCUCGUAAUGGUCCUAGCUAAAUACCAGCCAUUUUGAGUCAGUUGAAAAAGUCCUACAUAGAGAGACGUAACAUUAUUAGCCGUAUAGUAGUACAUUAAGGCUCAUCGUGCUUAUAACAAAUUAUCAAGCAUAUCUGCAUGUUUUAAGUAGUGUUAUCGUAACUGUUACUUACUUAUGUUGCUAAGCUGUUUACUCUUUCUCCCCCAGGUUCCAUUGGUGCGUUCUGUGAGGUGCGUCAGGCAGACAAGAGGAUGAUAGACUUCUACAGUAAGCUUGGCUGCUUCGAGGUCGCCAAGAUGGAAGGCUUCCCCAAAGACAUCAUCAUCAUGGGCCGCAGCCUCUAA